GUCAGAGAAACGCCGGGAGAAACCGCCAAUCGAACGGAUCUGUAGCGGGAGAGAUUUCUGUGCAAUAAUUUAACUUGAUUUCAUGAUGAGGUUCUCAUAAACAAACCUUUGAAAGGUCGUCACUUUGUUUUGCUGCUGAACAGUCGCUCUCGUCGAAGAACCGACGCUCUAAUUCACAGCUAAUCAUCAUUCCUCAUGGAAAACAUAACGGGUUUAAACCUGAACUCCACCGCUUCUGGGUGGCGCCGUCCGCUGUGGUACCUGUUCGAGGCGUGUGCCGAGGCUCCUCACUGGUUUAUCCUCUACUUCGGUGUUAAAGUAUUAAACCUGGUUGCAGGCGUGCCAUUAAACGUCCUCGUGAUGUGGCAGAUUCUGAAGAAGAAGAGCGAGGGAUCGACGUCUGACAUCUUUAUUUUCAACCUCUCGGUCCUGGACGCAUAUUUCGGCCUCAUGACGCCGGUGGACAUGGUCAACCGGCUGUACCUCAGCGACGACACUAUCUGGUACUCCGUGCGUUUCGCCUACGGGCUGAAAGACGUGACUCCGUUAUUUCUCACCUGUAUUUGUCUGGACAGGUACGUCGCCGUGGUCCACCCCAUUUUAUUCACCGGGAUCCGUGACAAUCGCAUCCGAAUCGGCGUCUCCAUGGUGGUUUGGGGACUCAUCCUGGCCUACUCGUUGACCAAAUGCUUUUUAGGCGUCUUGAGUGUGAACGAAGUCUUCAGCGGAGUCAUCCUCGCUGCCUUCUUCCUCAUGGUGUUCUGCAACCUGUCCAUCAUCUGGGUCCUCAGGAAAAGCGUGGCAGGGAAAGAAGUCAUGAACCCGUUGAAGAAGAGAGCCUUCAAAAUGGUGUCUAUCGUCCUCGCCAUCAUCGUGGUGAACUAUCUCCCUCCGGUUGCUCUGCUACCGUUUGCCUCCACCUACUCGUUCAAGACGUUUCGGUGUAAGAUCAGCCUCGCCGUGUUCUCCAUCAUGGACUUGAGCUGCACUAUGGAGCCUUUGCUCUACAUCUCGAAGAUGGAGUGGUCCGAGUUCUGUCCCUGCCUCGAGAGUCCCUCCAAGAAACCCAUCGACGUUAGCGUCUGAAACGUAGCAUGCGUGAUAUAAGGCUAUCUGUGUCUCAGUGGUUCUCAACUGGUGGGUUUUGAGCCAAAACAAGCCCUCAAGUCUGUUGUAAUGGGGCCAAAAAUAAACAAUGGCUGCAUUUACUCUACAAGUCUUAAUGCACAGAUCCAAUCUUUUGACCAUAUCCGAUUUUUUGGCCCGCCUGUUUACACUCACUUUAGACAGGACUGGAAUCCGAUAUCUGCGUUUACAUUCAUUCCCGCCCAAAAUGGUUUUCGGUGAUCGUUUUAC